UAAGCUUUGCCUUGGCAUCCCGGCUCUCAGGCCCGUCGCUGCCUCCUCUGAGUAGUGAUCUGCUUAUUAUUUCGGUCUUGAACACCAGCACGCAGGUUUUGAGUCUGCUCCGCAUUUUGUACUAUGUCACAACAGUCGCAAGUAUGGAUACCUUUUCAAAAGACAUGAAUCCUGUCCCAACCGAGAGUGAUGCAGGCCAGGAACCUUCCGGGUCCCAUGAAGAACCGCCACACACAGAGUGCAGCCACAGUGUGGGCUCCCAUCGAGAGUCGACUGCUAGUUGUGAGUAUGAGUCGUGGACUCGAGCGCCGACAAAAACAAUAGAGAGCAAGGCAAAAUUAAAAAUAGCUGACAGCGUCGUCUACCGGCCGCCUGCUUUCAGUACGAAUCCCGUAUCCAACUCGGGCAAGUGGUCGAGAGCUUUAGGGGGCGACUGCGCAGAAUUUAGCCCUGUUGUUUUCGAGCCUGAAUGUUUAAACUUUAGUGCCUGCUUUCCAAAUGAAACCCAAACCAAAACUCUGCGGCUUCUAAAUCGAACAAAAUCUUCAGUCCAUUUCGUCAUACUAGCUCCUACGGAUCCUGCUUUUCACAUCAGCUUCGAGAAAAAAGGCUUUCUAGCUCCGGGAAUGACGCAAGAGAUUCAAGUUUACUUUUGCCCACUUGAGUGGCGACUCUAUAAUUCGUCACUAAAGGUCCUGUGUUCGUCUGUUAAUCCGGCGCACCAUCGGAAAAAGGCACCCAAUUCUGGUUCCGCAGACGUCGAUUACUGCUGCAGUGGUGUCGGGUUGUACGCUUUCCCGCAACUCGCGAAUAUAAAGCUUCCCCGAUUUCUUGACUUCGGACAUGCGCCUCUGGGAGGCAGUGUCCACAGAACCUUUGAACUUCUCAAUGAGCAUCCCGUGUCGUUCCAGUUCGCGAUAAGGACUCUAAUUCAAAAUCCAGACUUCAAUGUGGCCCCCACAUGCGGGGAUGUACCCGCUCACGGGUCACUAACUAUUGAGUUAACGUACACACCCACCUCGGUAGCGACCACAUUUUUUGCUUUUGAACUCAGAUUGGCCGACUUUGGUUCCAAGCCGAUCCGCGUGGACGCCAUGGGCACCUGUCACGGUGCACCUGUGGCUUCCCCACUUUCGUCGAAAAACUCAAAAAGCUCCCACGAUGGAUCCGUCGAUGUGAGCACCGGCGGUUUUCGACGAAACCGGGAUAUCGUCUUAGCGCAGCAUCCGUCAGGCCAGAAACGCAGCAAUUGUUGUGAGAAGCCGAAUCACGUAGUUUACAAUGGUGUUAUGGUCCCGAAUGCCGAAGGUCACGCCGUGUGGAACGGGGUAUUUACCCAGCAAAUAGGCAAAAAGCUGGGAAAGUUCUCACGCGUACAGAGGGGCAGAGCUGACGCUGCAUCACCAACACAUGAAAUUCAGUCUACCAAGGUCGCGCAAUCGCCUGACAGUCGUAGUUUUUUUUCUGGAUCAGACUUGAGUCACACAGCUGGCGACACUGAAAGUGACAGCAGAAAAGCGCGGUUUGAGAAACGAUGGAAAGACGCUGCACAGUUUCACAGGCGGAAACAUAAGACGGUCAUGAUAAACACUGGGGAGUAUCCUCCGAAUGAGUCAAGAAACCAACGAUUAAUCGCUCGUCGGCAAUUUGAUAUUGAGAAGGUUUGGAGGCAGUGCUCCUUGCAAGAUCAAAUCCGAGAUGUGUGUGAAUUCUCGACCGAGCCAGUAGUAGUAUCCGCGCGUUGGUUACCCAAGCAAGCUCACGCGCCCUCAACGGUCAUGGACGAAUCCAUGAAUAACUCGUUUGCGUUGAGAAGGUGGUGCAAAUAUCGGUUUGUGCUGGCGGUAACCUCCACAAUCAAGAAAAACAGAUUACUUCGCCGUCUGGCAACCCUUAAACAAGCUGUGUCGCUCCAGCGUUCCUCGUCAACUUCUACGUCGUCGACAACUGAUUUAGCGCGAAAUGGUUCGGUAACGAAGUUUUCUCGUGACAAUAGGCAGCGUGGAGAGCAAGCUGACGUAUCUAAGGGGUUGGUCCCCCCUGUUCUCUUCCGUCGGUCCACAACAGUGCAACGGCUGUUUCAGAUUCCAGCAACGACCCACGCUGUCCCUCCCUGGUUUUUUGUGAAAGAACGAACAAAUGUUUCGGACCUUAUACAAUGCGUAAAAGAAUACAGCGAUCUAAAACCGAUUCCGCAAGUAGACUACCAGAUCAUGGGCCUGCGCGAACAUCCCAUCCCGCCCUCAGCUUGGCGCCUUGAACAAAGCGAUCAAAAACUGGUCGCAGCUUUGCUUGGAUCACAGGAUCAUCCUUCCCCAGGAGGAGCAACAGCGAGAGCGGGUGACGGAAAGUCGAACGUGCCAAUCUUACACUUUGAUCCCCCUGUCAUAAACGACGUGUUUUUUAUCGCCCCUGCCACCGCUGAAUUCCGGCCUCUUGUUCCCUUACCCCGAAGCGUCGAAACUGACCUCGGGCAUUGCUUCCAAAAAGUGAGAGACCGCUGGUUGACGACUGCGAAGGAAGGUCGCAGUCAUUAGUUCUCCCGAAUCACUGUUCCGGUUCUGUAGUUUCGCGAUAUUCCCUUGAUCGACGUUCCUGUUC